UCCCCGCCCACCCCUUACCCCCCAUGCAGCCUGGCGCCCUAUGCUAGCCCUCCCCCCCCCCCCCUCCAGGAGCGGGGCGCCGCCGGGGGAGGAGGGGGAAUCGGCUGCGGGUCCUUGGUGUUCCUAGCACCCAGCUUCCCUCCAAGCCGGGUCGCGAUGUACGACUGCAUGGAAACAUUUGCCCCGGGUCCGCGACGGCUGUACGGGGCGUCGGGGCCCGGGGCCGGCUUGCUGCGCAGAGCCACGGGCAGCUCCUGUUUCGCCGGAUUUGAGUCUUUUGCCUGGCCGCAACCCGCCAGCCUGCAAUCGGUGGAGACGCAGAGCACUAGCUCAGAGGAGAUGGUGCCCAGCUCGCCCUCGCCCCCUCCACCUCCUCGGGUCUACAAGCCGUGCUUCGUGUGCAAUGACAAGUCCUCUGGCUACCACUAUGGGGUCAGCUCCUGUGAAGGCUGCAAGGGCUUCUUCCGCCGCAGCAUCCAGAAGAACAUGGUGUACACGUGUCACCGCGACAAAAACUGUAUCAUCAACAAGGUGACGCGGAAUCGCUGCCAGUACUGCCGGCUACAGAAGUGCUUCGAAGUGGGCAUGUCCAAAGAAGCUGUGCGGAAUGACCGGAAUAAGAAGAAGAAAGAGGUGAAGGAAGAAGGGUCGCUUGACAGCUAUGAGCUGAGCCCUCAGUUAGAAGAGCUCAUCACCAAGGUCAGCAAAGCUCAUCAGGAGACCUUCCCCUCACUCUGCCAGCUGGGCAAAUAUACCACGAACUCCAGUGCAGACCACCGGGUGCAGCUGGAUCUGGGGCUGUGGGACAAGUUCAGUGAGCUGGCCACCAAGUGCAUCAUCAAGAUCGUGGAGUUUGCCAAGCGGCUGCCUGGCUUUACAGGGCUCAGCAUUGCUGACCAGAUCACUCUGCUCAAGGCUGCCUGCCUAGACAUCCUGAUGCUGCGGAUCUGCACAAGGUACACCCCGGAGCAGGACACCAUGACCUUCUCUGAUGGGCUGACUCUGAACCGGACACAGAUGCACAACGCCGGCUUUGGGCCCCUCACAGACCUCGUCUUUGCCUUUGCUGGGCAGCUCCUGCCACUGGAGAUGGAUGACACGGAGACAGGACUGCUCAGCGCCAUCUGCCUCAUCUGCGGAGACCGCAUGGACCUGGAGGAACCUGAAAAAGUAGACAAGCUGCAGGAGCCACUGCUGGAAGCCCUGAGGCUCUAUGCCCGCCGGCGGCGGCCCAGCCAGCCCUACAUGUUCCCAAGGAUGCUCAUGAAGAUCACUGACCUCCGGGGCAUCAGCACCAAGGGAGCAGAAAGGGCCAUUACCCUGAAGAUGGAGAUUCCAGGCCCGAUGCCUCCCCUAAUCCGAGAAAUGCUGGAGAACCCUGAAAUGUUUGAGGACGACUCCUCGCAGCCUGGUCCCCAUCCCAAGGCCUCUAGCGAGGAUGAGGUUCCCCGGGGUCAGGGCAAAGGGGCCUGCAGCCCCCAGCCUGACCAGGGCCCCUGACUUCCCCUGCCGUGGGGGUUGGGGCUCCAGGCAGCAGACUGACCAUCUCCCAGACACCGCCAGUGACUGGGGGAGGACGAGCUCUGCCCUCUCUCCACCCCUUCCAGUGAGCUCCUUGUUUUUGCCAAAGUUUCCAGGGGUGCCUCUGUGUUCAUCCCCUUCUUGUUCUAACUGGCUCCCUUUCCUGUCUCGGGGUCUGCCCUUCUCCCACCAGGAAAGAGGGCAGAGGGGUGAGCCUGGGUUUGGACUCUAAAAUCUCAGCGCUGCCCCUCAGACACCAGGGUCCCAGGCUCCCCAGGGCAGGAGGAAGACCCUGCCAGUUCCAAAGCCCCUUUCUCUGCCAGGUGCUUAGGCCUCUGGGAGCAAACAGGAACACUAGAGACCAAAAAAGGGGCACAGGGGGAGGGCUGAGCCCACCCUCUUGCCCCUGCCCUUGGUGCCUCAUGCUGCGUAAUGCACCUGCCGGGCUCACACUGCCCUCUGUGCCCCAUCCUCGUGCCAGGUCAGGUUGGGGCAGGCUGGGCCCUGCAUUUCUGUGGAGGGCCAGAGGGUGAAAGGGACAGAUGCACGUACAUUCGGCACCUCUUUGCUUGGGCCCAGAGUUGACCUUGUGCCCUCCGUUAUAAGCCCCUCCCCGAGCCCUGUCAUGUGCCUUGGGCUUCCCCUGCCUCCCAUCUCAGCCACCGGGGCAGGGAUGCUCCUACACUACAGAGGGGCCAGGGGAUCCCUCUCCCCCUAGUGCCUUACCCCCCUUGAUCUCCAGAGCAGCUUGGCCCAGGGAGUGGGGGGUGGGCGCUGCUUAGCUGGUCCUUCCCUGACCCAGAGGAAACCUCUAUUUAUUUAUUAGCUUUUGUUUACACCCUGGACUUGACCCCUUCCUCCAGGGGUCUUGGGAGGGGGAGCCCAGGGCCCCUGUGACCCCUCCCUUCUUCCUCCAAUCCCCAGUUUGUAUUUAGCUGCCAAAUAAGAUUCCCACUGGCUCCCCUUUUUCUCUGGGGGGUCAGGGUGCUGUUCCCUCCCCUCUGUUUACAUCUCCCCUUCCCCGCUGUAUCGCAUAUUGCUGAGUUUUCUAUUUUUGCAAAAUAAAGUGAUGGAAACUCAUGGCAUGUGGCUCCCUCUGGGAAGUGGCAGGGGACAUGACUAGCUGACCUGGAGAGGGACUGGGUGAGGAAGGUGAGCUCCCAAUCUACCGGAUUUUGCAGCUUUCUUAGGGAAACCAAGGAAAUUGGAUGAAAUGUGCCUGGAUGGCGGUGGUGGGAAAGUGGGGUAAAGGGAGCCCCCAGGAGCUUACCCCGGGAGGCGGGUGUCUGGGCCUUCCGCAGCCACCAGGUGUGUGUGUUCUUAGACUGGAUGCGGUGGGCCUCUGGGGAGGUGUGAAUGGGCCCGGAGGUC